GAAGAAUUUGUUAGUCUAUUCUUAGCAUCCGACAGACAGACAACUCGACCGAGCAGGCGACGACGACUGUGACGGAAAAUUGCGAGAUUCGUCGUGACACAGCAAGGACGACGCGAACGGUUUUGCGGAAUCGUACCGACCGAGGUCCUUGGCGAGGCUCGGGAGAGUGUGCUCGGGUCAGUGUAGUAACUAGAUUGUGGUGGGUUGUCUGGAGACUGUGCCCUGGUCUGUGAUAGUUUUGUGAAACUCUGGUGAGGUAUUGGCGGAUUGUGCCGGCUAGAGUUUGUGGGGCCUCCUCCAGGUGGACAAGAGUGAUCGAUUAGCAUAAAUGAAGGCUCGCCAGAUUUGUUGGUGGAUUGUUGUUGUCGUUUCUUCGUGGUGCAACGUGGGUGAAUGAACAAAUUUUAAAGUUGCCCCCUUUUUCCGUUCGCCCAAUUGAGAUCAAAACUGGAAGAAGGAAGUGAUUUAAAGGGUGAAUUUUCUCGCGUAGUCACGCGAGCCGAAACGCCUUGUUUAAGGAAAAAAGUUGCAAAUUGCCACUUGACCGUAUCAAUUGGAAUCCCGUGGAAUCGUCCAGAACAACUUUGGGGAAUCGAUUCCGGUAGACCCUUUGCCGAGCUCUAGUGCUGUAAUCGGUUUGCUUUAAUAGUGUGUUUUUCGGUUCGGUUUGGAAUCUAAUCGAGGUCACGCAUAGCCAUCGGCGAACCGGUCACCAGAAAUUUCCCUCCGAGGAGUCAGGUUUAUUUUAUGGGUUUUCAUUAACCCCGCGCAAGCUUCGUGAUUACCAAUCUUUGGCCACCUCGAAAAGCCUGUGAUUUUUAUUGGCCACGUGACUCAACAACACUGUAGUGGUGCCGCUAGGCGUAGUGUCGUGAUCUUUCGUGCGUGAUCCGAAAGCAACCAAACCCACCCCCAUUCCAAAACAAUCACCCUAUUGGAAGAGAACGAGCAAAAUGAUAAAUAAUUCUAAUUAGGAUAUAAAUGUUUCUGGUCGUGAUCCCCGGCCUUCUUGAGCGCCACCUUCGCAUAUCGGUGAAAAGGCUGGCUGAUUCAGUGCCUCUGAGGGGAGGAAGUUGUUAUAAUUCUAAUAUAAGUAGUGCCCGGUGAACCGUCGGAACUUGAUGGUCACCCCCGGGAGCUGAUCCCGAACAGUCGAAAACAGUAGCAGUACCCUAGUGAAAAAGCGGCAGAAGCAGCAAUUCGAGUGCUAUGGUUGAUAUCGAAUUCAUGAUGCCAGGCAGUAGCGGAGACGAGUCGAACUCUUCGCGUGGCGUCCCCUCCAGUCUGGAAGUGCCUUCGGGGCUGCAGGUCAUCCCGUUGAAUCAUCUGAGAUACCGGCACGGCAAUCAUCACAUCCAGCACCAUCAUCCGGAGGACCACCACCAAACGAACGGCGGCGGAGGCGGUAGCCCCACGGCGAAGGACAAGCUGAUGCAGAACGAACGGUUGGAGCAACUCCAGAGUGCCGAACAGUUCCUGCUUCAGAUGGCCCGGUUUCAGCGACCGCCGCAGGACCUGGACAUCCGGAACGGGACCGUGCUGGCCAGCAAACCGAUCGCCAAGGGCACCCAGUUUCCGGUUCCCUUCCUAGGGAAGUUUUUCCAGGAGUCGCUGGACCGACGGGAGUUCAUGGAUUUGAAUCUUCGCGGUUGGCUCGAUGCCACCCUGGACUCCACCAACUGGUCCAAGAACAUCCGCAGCACCGAGAUCCCGGCGGAGGUUAACGUGCAACAGUACUACCGAGAUGGUUUGCUCUGGUACGAAGUGAUAUGUGAUAUCAGCCCGGGUCAGGAGCUGUUGCUCCGGCACCGGCGGGAACCGGUCGAUGACAGGAGUGACCGAGGAUCGGGUUCUCAACACAGCGAGGCGUACGACGACGAGUACAACACAUCGGCCGAUCUCGAUUCAUCUAGUCAUAGGGAACAACUGCACGGCAGCAGCGGCGGCAGUAUCCUGAACCUGAACAACAGCAGCGCUAACAACAACAACCACAGUAGCAGCAGCAAUAACAGCAACAACACCAGUGCCGGAAGUGGUGCCGGAGGUGGCCCGGACGGAACCGUCGAAUCCGGCGAGGAGGAAGAGGACGAGGAAGGUUACGACGCCCGGUGUGUGGUUUGCGAUCGGCAGUGCCACGAUAUCGAUCAACUUGACGAUCAUCUGGUGAUAGCGCAUCACUAUCCGAAGGACGCGUACCGGUGCGAGCUCUGUCCCAAGGCGUACUGUUACCGGCCCAUCUUGCUGAGACAUCGCGGCGUAGUGCACGGCGAGAUCAAGCGGUACCCGUGCGAAAAUUGCCCGAAGGUAUUCACCGAUCCGUCGAACCUUCAGCGGCACAUCAGGAGCCGUCACGUGGGCGCCCGUAGCCACGCCUGUCCCGAGUGCGGCAAAACCUUUGCAACUUCAUCGGGGUUGAAGCAGCAUAUGCACAUUCACUCCUCGGUCAAGCCAUUCCAGUGCGAGGUUUGCUUCAAGGCGUACACCCAGUUCUCGAACCUGUGCCGGCACAAGCGCAUGCAUGCCGACUGCCGGAUGCAGAUCAAGUGCAACAAGUGCGGCCAAAGUUUCAGCACACUAACGUCCCUGUCCAAGCAUAAGCGGUUCUGUGAUUCGACUUCCGUCGGAGGAGGCCCAUUGCAUCCAUCGGCAGCCGCAGCCGCAGCCGCAGCCGCAGCAGCAGCCCAACAACAGCAAUCAGUUCCUGGCGUUCCAAAUCUACCGCACAACAUGGCGACCCCGCCAAAUCCUUUCCUAAUGUUCCACGGCAAUCCCUUCUUUCCACCCGGAUUCCGUUCCUAUCCGGCGAUGCCAGCCCUAUUUCCACCGAAUCCAAACCAAGCAACUCAGUUCCCGCUGUCCUUCUUCCCCAAACCAAACCCCGGUCCCGUUGAUCUGGAUCGGAAGACCCCAUCGCCUCCCCGGCAUCUUAACCUGAUGGAACAGUACGGUCAACAGGCGAUGAAGAUUUCUCCUCCAACGGGUGAGGAAGCGACGAACCCGCUUAGACCUUCGCCAGCUCGCCCGAUUCCAGUCAAUUUCAAUUCCAUUCCUUCGAUGACUUCAACGCCGCUACCAUCGGCGGCCACCAUUCCGACCACGGUUCUUCACGCUGGCAACAGCACCACUAACAAUAACAAUCACAUCAAAUUGGAGGAGGAACUUAACCGGAGCAGCCGCCAGAAUGGUUCUGUGGAUAGUAGUUUCGCUUCUCGAGGUGCUCCUUCCGAAUCCCAUAGCUCCGAAGAUGAGCUACCCUCGGGGGUGAAGGACUUCUCGAUGGGUGAUAACUUGAAACGACGCCGAUCGCCCAUCCAGUGGGAGCUCAGUUCCGGCUCGAUGGAUAUCAAGGAAGAGAGGCAGUCGCCGGAGCGAAAGAUCUCCAUCGAUGUGCUGAACGAUGAUGAAGACGAUGAGGAGGAGGAAGAAGAUGAUAAAGUCAGCGAACCGGAGGAAGUUCCUCGGAAGAUUUCCAAAGUGGAGUCCUCGGAACAACCUCUCGAUCUCAGUGUUACCAAAAAGAGUGCAGAAACUCGUAGUCCGACACCGAUCGAGGUAUCAACGCCAACUCCGACAGCCACUCCAACAUCGGAACCGGCUCCACCGAGUACCCCGAAAACGGUUCACUCGCCACCGAUGACUGUUCCCAGCCCGUCGCCUUCGCUUUCUCCGCGUCCCACACCAUCACCUUCAUCCCAAGGUGGAGGCAGCGGCGUCGGAGCAACCACCACAACCCAACCGAUCUCCUAUCCACGUCCGAUCUACCCAAUGCUCCUGGAAGCCAUGUAUCGUCCCGGAUUGCCGAGCUUUCAGCGGCCACCGUUCAAUUUUUUAGGCACCCUUGGGCCGAAUUUUGAUUUGCUCAAGCGUAAUGCCACCUCCUUCCCGCCGAAACCCUUUCACGAGGCCAUCAUGGCCGCCGGUGGUUUGACGGGUGGCGGCAAGGUGAAAGAUCGCUACUCGUGCAAGUUCUGCGGCAAAGUUUUCCCUCGCUCGGCCAACCUCACCCGUCAUCUGCGCACACAUACCGGUGAGCAGCCCUACAAAUGUCGGUACUGUGAACGGUCAUUUAGUAUAUCUAGUAAUUUGCAGCGUCAUGUGCGUAACAUUCACAACAAAGAGCGUCCGUUCAAGUGUCACCUGUGCGAGCGCUGCUUCGGCCAGCAGACGAAUCUCGAUCGGCAUCUCAAGAAGCACGAUGCCGAUGCCGCCGGACUUGGCCUCGGACUGGGCGAUUCGCCCUCCUCAAACGAAGCCGAACGCGAGGACACGUACUUCGACGAGAUUCGUUCGUUCAUGGGCAAGGUCACCUACUCGGGAACGGCCGUCGCCGAUCGACACUAUCACGGCGGUCAUCACCAUCUGUAUACGCCCAUCGAUGUGACCAGCGUCGAGCCGGAACUCGAGGACGGUUCUAGCGACGUCGAAAGCGAUAUGAUCAACAUCGAUUCCGACAAGGAACCGAUAAACAACAACGACACGAUCGAGGUUUCCACCUAGGCUGGAUGAUCACUAGCAUCUUAGAGCACCCACCCCCACAACACACCAACUUGUACAUAAAGCUGUUGAUUGGACCAAAACUUAACUUGACCAUUUGGCGGUCCAAAUAUUCAAAUCGAAAACCAAACUUGUAAAUAACCUUGAUUGGACCUCCGCAUACCAGUGUAAACUACUUAUAUCAAUCAAAGAAACAGAGAGACCCCCAUGCUCACUAUUAGUAAAUUAGUUGCGAGAGAAGCCAUCUUCACCCAAAUACAACAACAUGUUUGACCACACGCUCACCUAUUAGUAUUAAUCAACGCUAUAAGAUUUCUAAGCAAAAAACACUUUGAACCUAAUCAAGCCUAACUAGCUGCUUAAGUGAUUAUAUAAAAGCUGUAAAUAAUUCAAUCGAAGAGAAAAAAACAAACACAAAUCCACACGUUUAAUCGUAGAUCAAAUAUUUUCGGUGAUAUCGAUAUUGUUUUUUAUAUAUAAAUAUUUGUACAUUGAUGGAGGCAUUGAUUUUUGUUCAUUUUAAAUUAGUCGGUACGAAAGUUAAACUUUUCAAAAUGGUAUGAAUUUAGUUGAAACCAAAAAAACUGUUUGCACCCCAAAACCCAACUAGUUACUAGCUUAUUCGAUAGGAAAAUUUUAAGCGUUUUCUCGCGCCUAACGCAAGUUUGAAUUUAUUUUAGUUUAUAAUUUAUUAUUUCGGUUAACCCCACAGAGAGCUAAUAUAAUUCACACAGUCAGAGAAGGGACGGUCGAAAGAAAGAAAAAAAAUCAAUCGAAACAAAUCAUAACAUUUAAGCGCUAUCCAACUUGGAACAAAAAAACUUGAAGAUCAAAAUCCUAUUCACUUAACACAAAAACAAGUAAAAAGCACAAAAACACAAACACACACUGUAUAUGAUCGACUACUACCUAAUACUACUACUACUACUACAUUUAAGAACAAUUUGUUAGUUAGUUCUAACCACCUUGAAAGAAACAAAAAACAUACACUUUAAGCUCAAUUUUUCAAAUUAA